AUUUCGUGGACGCCGAGGGAGAGGGAGUAUCUGCGGGAGCCGGGCCGGAGAGGAGCAGCGCAGAGCGGGAAGAUCCUUGGGAGCUUGUGGAGUUGAGCCUCCGCGCUUCUAACCUAAGAUUUCGAAAUGCAUCGUGAUUCCUGUCCAUUGGACUGUAAGGUGUAUGUAGGUAAUCUUGGAAACAAUGGCAACAAGACCGAAUUGGAACGGGCCUUUGGCUAUUAUGGACCACUCCGAAGUGUGUGGGUUGCAAGAAACCCUCCUGGCUUCGCUUUUGUUGAGUUUGAAGACCCCCGGGAUGCUGCUGAUGCCGUCCGAGAGCUAGAUGGAAGAACGCUGUGUGGCUGCCGUGUAAGAGUGGAAUUGUCGAAUGGUGAAAAGAGAAGUCGAAAUCGUGGCCCACCUCCCUCUUGGGGUCGUCGCCCUCGAGAUGAUUAUCGUAGGAGGAGUCCUCCACCUCGCCGCAGAUCUCCAAGAAGGAGAAGCUUCUCUCGCAGCCGUAGCAGGUCCCUUUCUAGAGAUAGGAGAAGAGAAAGAUCACUGUCUCGGGAGAGAAAUCACAAGCCGUCCCGAUCCUUCUCUAGGUCUCGUAGCCGAUCUAGGUCAAAUGAAAGAAAAUAGAAGAUCCGUUUGCAAGAGAAGUGGUGUACAGGAAAUAACUUCAUUUGACAGGAGUUUGUACAGAAAAUUCAAGUUUUGUUUGAGACUUCAUAAGCUUGGUGCAUUUUUAAGAUGUUUUAGCUGUUCAAAUUUGUCUCUUGGAACAGUGACACACAAAAAGCUGUCAUUCUCUAUGGUUUGAAAUGGAUCAUAUGAGGCAUGUGAUACCAAGAAUUGUUACUUUACAAUGUUCCCUUAAGCAAGAUUGAAUUUACUUUUGAGCUUUAGUCUUGCAAAGACUGAUGACCUCUAAAUCCUGCCCAGCUAAACAAAGUGUGAUGUUUUAAUAUUGUAGAAACAGCACUGUCAAAAACCGAACUAAAAUGUCCAUUUUCCCUCGGCUGGUAUAUAGUACGAAGCUGUAGGUGAGCAAGCAGUCUUUAGGAGCUGCUGUGAUGCAAGCCAGCAGGUAAAAAUAAAAGCUGCACCGUUAAAAUAGAUUAGAGGUUUUUGGAAAAACCCAGCUAGUCUUAACUCUGGGCAGAGGUUGUCUAGUUGGUCUAGAAUCUAGUAAGUUUCGAGGAAGUUUACCUUUGCCUAGGUGAUAAGUUCCUUAUGUAAUUGCAAUAUAGAAUACAUAGCUGUUUAUAUAACAGUCUUUAUUGGGAAAUUUGAGAUUUCAGAAAAUACCAAUGUCCUGCCAGUUUAAGGGUACAUUGUAGAGCUGAACUUUGAGUUACUGUGCAAGAUUAUUUUUUUCAUGCUGUCAUUUGUAAUAUGUUUUUGUGAGAAUCCUUGGGAUUAAAGUUUUGGUUAAAAAUUGUUGUUUAACUUGAAAGCCUGUUUUUCCUUGCAAACUCAAAUCUGUGAGCUUGGUACCAAGUCCAGGUAUAACAUUCCUAUUUGGAAGCCAUACUUAUAUUUUCUUGUAAAGUGCUUUUGAAUUAAUAAAAUAUUAGCAUAAUUGUGUAAUAGUCAGUUGAGCCCACUGUUACCAUUGUUCUUGUCCCAUGGAAAACAGUUGGUCACACAAUUCUUGAAACAAAAAACUGAGAGGCAUUAUGGAUUAGUCUUGCAGUGAAGGAGGUUUUCGGUCAUCACCAAAGUGAUUGUUGAUAGUUACUAACUUUUGAGGAGUUGAAGCCAGUUCAGGUUCUGUGAUAAUUUAGUGAACAACAUUUUAUAGUAGCAGACCCAGUACAUUGUAACCCAAAAUAAGUUGCCCUUCUGAAAAAAGGCUUUUAUCUUUAGCAUGAAAUCUUAACACAAGGUUUUAAAAGUUGCUUCAAUUUUAUAAUUUGAGGUGUUGCAUGGAAAUUCUAAACUGAUCCAUCACGUUGUAACAUUCACAAUAUGGUUCAAAUGUAACAGUGCAGAUUGGAAUAUGGAGGCAUGCAUCACUUUCCUCUUAGAAAUUGGGAGGCGCUGUAACUUCACAAUUUCUGUGCGAUUAGAUUAAAUCAUAAUGCAAAGUCA